GAAGCCUUUUGUGCUAUAUUUCUAACUCCCCCAACACUUCCUUAUCUUAUAUCUUCUCCUCCUCCAUCUUUGAGAUUCUCAAAGAAACUUCUGAAGAUGGCUGGCAUAGCAUUCGGAAGCUUCAAUGAUUCUGUCAGUUUUGCCUCCAUCAAGGCCUACAUUGCUGAGUUCAUCUCAACCCUUCUCUUUGUUUUUGCCGGUGUUGGUUCAGCCAUAGCCUAUGCUAAGUUGACAUCAGAUGCAGCUCUUGAUCCAACUGGGUUGGUAGCCGUUGCUAUUUGCCAUGGUUUUGCUCUCUUCGUUGCUGUUUCUGUUGGAGCCAACAUUUCUGGUGGCCAUGUGAACCCUGCUGUGACCUUUGGGUUGGCUCUUGGGGGCCACAUCACCAUCCUCACUGGUCUCUUCUACUGGAUUGCACAGCUUCUCGGCUCCAUAGUGGCAUCCUUACUCCUCAAGUUUGUCACUGGCUAUGAUACUCCUAUCCACAGUGUUGCUGCGGGAAUUGGAGCUGGUGAAGGAGUAGUUACAGAGAUCAUAAUCACAUUUGGAUUAGUGUACACAGUGUAUGCCACAGCAGCAGACCCUAAGAAGGGUUCGUUGGGCACAAUUGCACCCAUUGCCAUUGGUUUCAUUGUUGGCGCCAACAUCUUAGCAGCAGGGCCAUUCUCUGGCGGGUCCAUGAACCCUGCACGCUCCUUUGGCCCUGCUGUUGUCAGUGGUGACUUUCAUGACAACUGGAUUUACUGGGUUGGCCCUCUUAUUGGUGGUGGUUUGGCUGGUCUUAUCUAUACCUAUGCCUUCAUCCCCACCAACCAUGCACCUCUCGCUACUGAAUUUUGAUUUCAUGGUCCACAUUGUUGCCUUGUGUUAAUUUCUGAUUCGUAAUAAAGUUGGAGUACGUCAUUGUUUUCUAGCUUGUAAGAAUUCAUGAGGUUGGUAAUCUAGUUUUUCUUUUUCUUAAAAAUUAUAUUUUUCAGAUUUAUGGCUUUCCCUAGUAUAGUGUUGCAUUGAUUAACAUCUAUCAAAUGAGGAGAAGCUUACAGCUGUUUUUA